AUGGCGUCUUCUUCUUCUUCUUCUUCAUCUUCUACUUCAGGCCCAAAUGGUUCAAUGGCUUCUACUUCAUCAUCCAAUUCACGACCAAAUCACAAUCAUACCAUGGGGUUGGGGUAUGACGUGUUUCUAAGCUUCAGAGGUGAAGAUACUCGUCAUAGUUUUACAGAUCAUCUCUAUCAUGCAUUACUCCGAGCAGGCCUUCGCACUUUUAGAGACAGUGAUGAUAUCCACAGAGGCCAAGAACUCAAGCCGGAAAUCGAGACAGCAAUCAUCCAAUCUAAGGCUUCUAUCGUUGUAUUAUCUAAGAAUUAUGCGAAUUCCAGGUGGUGCCUAAAUGAGCUCUGGCUGAUCCUUGAACAAAGGAAGAAUUGCGGUCAUUUCGUUUUACCUAUAUUUUAUCAGGUUGAUCCAUCAGAUGUCAGGAACCAAAGACGAAGCUUCACUAUUGAAUGGUCAAAUUUGAAAGCACUAACAAAGGUUGCUAAUUUGGCCUGCAUGUCAAAAUGUUUUGAUGUACAAGGAGGAGAAGAGUCAAAAUGGAAAGAGGUUAAUGUUAAGCGGUGGAAGGCAGCACUAACAGAGGUUGCUAAUUUGACUGGCUUGGAUCUUUCAUGGUAUAUGUGCUUUCUCUCCGUUUAUUCAUGUUUAUACUUCAAUCCUUAA